CUUGCUAAGCAUGCUGGUGAAAUCGACUUCGAUAUCAAAGAGUACAGCAACCAAACUCGAGCAGAUCGCGAACAAGCGCUCUGGUUACGCAUUGCUGAGAUAGCGGCGAACGGAACGGUGUUGUCGCCGUCAUUGUUCGCUCCACUGUUACUCAAUCCGGCCGUUUUAUCACCGUACGUCCUGUCGCCAGCCGUUGGCAUGCCGUUCAUCCUCUCCCCGUAUCUAUUAUCUCCCUAUGUGCUCUCUCCUCUCGUUAUGGCCCCGUUUAUUCUGAAUCCUUACGUGUUGUCACCGAACGUUAUCAAUCCCUACGUGCUUUCACCACUAAUUACUCAGCCCUCUGGUUCUAUGUCCUGA